AACCCUCGAAGCUGGCCAUGUUCGCGCCCUCAUUUGCGCGAGCCGCUCGCUCGACUACCUCUAUCUCCACGACUCCGGCAAGCUCCCUCUGCCGUGCGUCACUCACCACCGCAUCGAAGUCGCUCCACCAGCGGCGCUACUCAUCCUCCAAGUCCUCGAUACCACCUAGCAACAAGAAGAAGCCUGUGGAGGAGCUGGAGCAGAAUGCCCCCACACAGCUCCAGGACCCAAAGACCGGUGCGGAACUCGACAAGGAUGAGGUAAAGAAGAUACCGUUUGCGAGUUCGGCCGACAACGUCCCGCAUGCACCACCCACCACGCACCUACACGAAGACGAUGUGCGGUUGUCGACCUUUUUCGCCAUGCAUCAGCCCAUAUCCUUCCACCGAGAAGCGUGGCAGCAAUCGGUGACAAGCAUGGGAGCAAUCGAUGACCUGUUCAAUACUGAACUGAAUGGAUAUCGAAUGAAGGCGAUACAGAAAACCGAGUCUACCCUGACCGAAUUUCUCCAGCGCGUGUCCGCCAGGAUGGAUAUAAUAAAUCAUUUUGAGGAGCAGAAGGCGUCCGAGGCGAUGCAGGAGUCGGACAUCUUUGGUGAACCUCAACCACAAACUGAAGAAUCAAUCAUGCAUUACGCAUCGAAACUUCUUCCCUUUAUCCCGCCACCGCCGCCACUUGCACUCGAUUCCUUUGCGCAACAGUCAGUGCAUGCGCAAGAAGUCAACGAGCGCAUCACUGAGGUCGAUCUCCCAGUAGAGCAGACACAGCGACCGGCCACAUUCCGAGAGCACGUCCACCGACGGCGAGGCGGCAUGCUCUUGAUCAGUGUCAAGAGGCAGCGAAAGCUGAAGAUGAAGAAACACAAGUACAAGAAGCUGAUGAAGCGCACUAGGCUGGAGCGUAGGAAGCUAGAUCGUACCUAAUAGAGACACAAUAUGGCUCACAAGCCCCGCAUCUA